AGUAGUAUCGUUAUUCCCGUGAUACACGCAGUUGUCACGCGACCAACGACUGACGAUAAACAUUGACAUACACAUACUCGUCUUGAAGGAUCAUAAUCGAACUCGACCUCUCCGCCGAUCGACAGUUUAAAACUGCUUUGCGAUCGAUUUGAAACGUGUCUUGUAGGAGAAUCUCCCGUUGUUUCUCGCACUGUCCUUUUGUUUUCGGGAUUUCUGUUGUCGGCGCAGUGCUUCUGUGUUCAAAUGUCGAAAAUGAGCGAGAAGAAAACUGAAUCUCGAGAAUUUGACGAGAAAUUGAAGAAGGAAUUGGAAAAGCAAGACGCAAAGAAAAAAGAGCAAAUUCCGAAUAAGAAAUUGAUGGAAGAUACCAAGAAGAAAGUGGAAAAAAUAACAGAAGAACAUAAGGCAGAAACUUCGCAAAGUAUCAAGACUACUUCUAAAAUCUCUACCUCCAAUAAAGCUAAGGAUCCUAAAGCUACGGAAACAUGUCAAAUAUCCAAGACUAUGACCGAAUUGUCUAUCUCCAACAAGCCUGACAAUCCUGAAGCUAUAGAAGAAUGUCAAAUGUCCAAGGCGUACAAAACAUUCACUUUUACGCAACCUGAGACUUCUAAAGUAUGCCAAAAGCCUAACAUUACGUCCAAAAUUUCCACUUCCAGCAAAGCUGAUUGUAAACUUCCAGAAAUAUGCGAAAUGCCCAAGAUCACAUCCCAAGCAUGCACUUUCGACAAAUCUAAGUAUCGUAAAUUUCCAGAAAUGCUCAAGAUUGGAUUGACAGAAUCCACCAAUCUGGAGGAUUUUGAAAGAGCAAUAAUACCCAAGAUUACGUCCGAAGGGUCCAUCGAGCUUGAGACUCCUGAAAUUCCAAAAGCCGCAAAAAUGUUCCAAAUGCCCAAAACUACGUCCGAAGGGUCCAUCGAGUUUGAGACUCCUGAAAUUCCAAAAGCUGCAAAAGUGUGCCAAAUGCCCAAGACUGCGUCCGAAGGAUCCAUCGAAAUUAAGGCUCCUGAAAUUAUAGAAGCUGCAAAAGUGUGCCAAACGCCCAAGACUACAUCUGAAGAGUCCACCAAGCUUGAGACUCCUGAAAUUCCAGAAGUUGCAAAAGUAUGCAUAAUGUCCAAAGAUAGGACCGAAAUGGAAGAAGGGUUCACCUAUAUUAAGAGUGAAACUUUUGAAAAGCCAUACAUUUCAGCAGAAAUGUGGAAAAUACCCAAGAAUAUUCAGGAAGUCCUGAUUACAUCCGAACCUUUCACCUCCAAAACAAAGGAAGCUGAAAUGUUAAAAGAAUGCCCAGCGUGCAAUAUCAAAGUCACCGAUCUAAGUGGAAAUGCAGAAUUAUGCCUAAAGUGCAGUUCUAUACUGGCCAUCCCUAUAUCAAGUGAGGAUAUGGAUAGACUAUUAAUGCGUAGUAGACCGGAAUCAAUAGAUGAUGAGCCCACUAUUCUAGCUGAUUACUACAACUUAGACGAGAAAGAUAAAGACGAUUUAAAAAAUUUCAUCAAGCUUGAAGGUCCUUUCGAAGAGGACUUUACGAAAUCAGCUGACGAUACUGGCAAAACAGUAAUGAUACCCGUCAUCGAAAAAGUUGAAUUAGCUCGAGACGUGAUUAAUGCACGUAAAUUCUGGCCGCCUAUGUCAACACCGAACUUCGAAGAAUGUCAUUUGGUCCUGGCAACGCAUCAUUUAGUGCCCUCAUUGCCGAUCGGGCUCUUCGAAAUGUUUGCAGAAAUGAUUGAAGUUGUCACGAAGAGGCCAGUUGUCUUGUUACACGAGUGCAGAAACGAUCGACCUGUCGCUACGGAAGUCGCCGAUAUAGUUAUUCUGUCCGCGGCCGAAACAUGGAAAGACGGUGUGCUCUUACCUGCAAGUUUUGUUUUUGAUCAUCGUUUGAAUAAAGACAAGUCAGCCAGCGUCUACGCUGAUGUAAUCGUCGCAAAGGAUCGUGCUCCGCAUAUUCAAAAUGUCAUGGAUUUGCGAGGACAUAGGUGCGCUGUUCCAAAUAAACGACACCAAUUCUCUGCCGCUGGAUUACUCUUUACUUAUUUGCACUCGAAAGGCGAAAACGUGAUAUUUUUUGGCAAUAUACUCGAUGCUAGUACGCAGCUCGAAGUACUGGAAAUGGUCGCCAGCAAACAAGCGGAAGUGGGGAUUCUGGAAUCAACGGCGAUAAGAUGUAAUAAAUACAACGUACCCGGUGUGGAUUCUCUUCACAUUCUCACCAGUUUAGGACCUUUGCCGCCCUACCGCAUUAUGAUCAAAAAUACAUUAGCGGAUGAACUGGCCGAAAAACUUACAGCUUAUCUAUUAAACAUAGAUAAAUAUGAAGAAUGGCUGGAGAGACUGUCGUCCUAUGGCGUCAUAGGUUUUGCCAAGAAUUCUAUGGAUUACUACAAUCUGAUUGAUAAAAAGUGCGUAGAUACUAAGGUGCCCUAUUAUUAAAAUUAUCUUACAUUAUUUAUUCCUUACUUCUGUCUUUUAUCGUUUUAUACAUAUAUACACUUAUAAAUGUAUUCUCUUUUUUGCUUGAAUAUAACAUGUGGUAUUUUAUUAAAUUUAAAUAAAUAUAAUUCGCAAAUUUAUCCU